GCCCAGCCAAAGUUCGCAUGCGCCGAUACAUUCAUUGCCUCGCUUUUGAUGUCAUUUUAAUGACGGUGACUGUCUGUGAAUGAAUGAGCGACAGUUACUUCUGGAGCUAUUCUCGUAAACCCGUCAUUUCUUCACUUGUCAUCAAGCCAUGGCUCCUUAAAAGUAGCCUACGGUUAAAGUACACUUGACUUUUGAACCCAUUGCCACACACUGCCAUGAGAAGAAAGACUUUUUUUUAUUUCCCACCCCCCAUCCACCUACCGUCACAUUCCAGGUAGAAGCUUGGCUUGUUCAGAGUGUAUGAAGUUCCAAUAACAGGAUUUUAUAGGGGCGAAAUUUAGGCAAGAAGAAUAUCGGGAGCCAUGGAGGAAGUUGACAACAUCACGAUUGAUCCCGCCUGUUUACAGGAACCUCCUCUGGCUAUGGAUGUGAUCAAGCAGCUCGAUGUGGUCGGAAUCUGCCUGUACGCCAUGCUCACCGUUAUGUCCUGCAUAUCCCUGCUGCUCUACUUGGAGCAAUGUGUUUACAUUUAUAAAAAACUGCCUUACCCGAAGAAGACAACCAUCAUCUGGGUCAACGGCGCUGCACCGGUCAUUGCCACCAUGUCUUGUUUUGGGAUGUGGAUCCCCAGGGCUGUUAUGUUCACAGAUAUGACAUCAAAUUGUUAUUUUGCAGUGGUGGUGUACAAAGUGCUGGUCCUGUUGAUCGAGGAGUUGGGGGGCAGCGAUGCGUUUCUGAAGCGCUUUUCCGGGAAACCCUUCAAGAUCACCACGGGGCCUUGCUGCUGUUGCUGCCUGUGUUUACCUCGCGUACCCAUGUCACGGGGCAUGCUGUUCCUGCUGAAGUUGGGUGCACUGCAGUACGCCAUCCUAAAGACGGUGCUCAGUGUCCUCUCCAUCGUACUGUGGACAAACGGCAACUUUGACCUCUCUGACCUAGAGAUCACCGGCACUGCAAUUUGGAUCAACCCGUUCAUCGGCGUUCUCACCAUCACCUCUCUGUGGCCCGUCGCCAUCGUGUUCAUGAACACCAACCACCUUUUACGCAGCCUCAACAUCGUGCCAAAGUACGCCAUGUACCAACUAAUACUGGUAUUAAGUCAACUGCAGACAUCCAUCAUCAACAUCCUGGCUCUGGAUGGAACCAUCGCCUGCGCCCCUCCCUUCUCUUCGCAGGCCCGUGGAUCCAUGCUGAGUCAGCAGAUGAUGAUCAUGGAAAUGUUCAUCAUCACCCUGGUCACUCGCUUCUUUUAUCGCCGCACAUAUGAAACCCUUCCCUCACCGGCACAUAACCACGACCUCAAGGACGGAGCCCCCCUGCAGGUCGUUCACAUGGAGCAUGACGUCUGAACGAGGGGAGCUGAAGCGCCUUUAACCGAGGUACCACCGGUCCAAUUGGAUGUGGGGCGAAACUACCUCAUCUGUCACUCAAGGGGGAGAAAAAAAUAUUUGCGUUAUAAGUAUUUCCUCAACGCUGUAUUUGCUGAUUUCAUCUACAGAUAGUUCAGGAUGAAUCAAGUCAUUUUACAUAAUUGUUGCAAGAAAAACACACUGUGUACUGGAAUCCCUUGACUAUGGAUACUCAAACUCAUAUUUAAUACAAGAGCCGCGUCAGCAAUUAUGCAACAAUUGACGCUGUCAUAUGAUAGAAACAACGUGUUCAUUAUUGUCGCUGCAUCAUACUCGAACAUAUUUCCCACUUCGACAGGACCAAAAGUACUAUAUUAGAAGUAUUUGUAUUGUAUCAUUGCGUUUGUCAUACAAUCUUUACAGCACUGAAAACGAUCAUCAUUAACUUAUUGUUGAAUUCAUACCACUUUGUUGUCUUUUAAAAAGGCUGAAUUUGAAUACCGCUCUUGUGCUGGAUCUCGUGUAACGACUUAGCUUAGGACAUCACGGGACGUAAUACCUCUGAUUACAACCAUAAGCCCUGGCGCUAUAUUUUGUUAUAGUGUAAUUAAUGAACGUGAAUGCAAUCAAGCAGCGUUUACCUGGAGUUAAUUCGAUAUUAUUUGAUGGCUCUACGUAUUGAAGAUCAAGCGUUGGUUCUGUGUUUAAGCCUUUUCAAUGUGAUGUUUGUCUUCAUAUCUAUGCAAUGCUCCCACCAAAACUUCUGUUGCCUCUGGGAUGAAAAAAAAAAAAAAAACGCCACCAAAAGUUUAUUUAAAGACUGCUGACCCAAUUAGUACAAAGCGGGAAAUAUUUUGUGCUGCGGAUGAGGUGGCAGCUUUUUUCUGCUGUUCCGCUAAUGGCCAAAAGAGAGCGUGUUCCACUUCAAAGCCUCAUGCACUGACCUGAAAAUAAAAAGAUCCAUCACUCUCC